CCCCGUCUGGUCACUGGCCACAGUUAUGGCAUCUAACGGAUGAGCUAGCCAGCUACCUCCGUUCUUACCAAAAAUUGACUCUAAUCAUUUAAUGCCGCCGUAACGAAUGGCCUUUUCUAAAACCAAUGUUAAUAUCAACAGUCCGUUCCCUCGUUUCAUAGGCAGGCCAAAUCUAACUAAGUGAUGAAGCUUAAGAUUGUAGUUUAAAACUAAUCAUCCCAAAUUAGGCCUAUCAGAACAGAAGAACGGUAGUGAUAUGCUAAAAAGGUCCAUUUACACAAAGAUUGUUCUACAAAUAAUGUGACUUAAAAACCGAAUCGACCAACAAUGUUAAAAGUUUUCGCGCGGAUAUCAGCACUAGGUUAAACGUCUCGAUUAAGAUUAGUCACACGGGGGUUACGACUUCCUUUACGAUUUAGCCCAUGAAAACGACCAUUUGAACUAAGUUAAGGCCCGUUUGCCUUUACUUGUUUAUUCGAAUCACUUAGUAUUUAAUAUCAAUUAUGUUUGUUUCUUUUUUUUCGUGCUUUUGUGCAUGACUCUAGACUUCCUUCUAGCGACGAGUAUUAUAGUACAUAAUAGCAGAGCAGGCACGUAGGCUCUACUCCAAAAAGGGCAAAUUGCCCUUAAUAAGCGCAAAGGUCUAUCAUACCGUAGUGAGUUUUAUUACAAAGUUUAACAAGAUGUAUAAGGCACAUUUUUAUUUGAGGUUUCGUAGAGAAAUACAAUAUAAAGACGAUAAGAACAUGAUUUAAAUGUGGAAUAAACGCGAUGUGCAAAAAUUAUAUCUGUAGAGUCUGAAUGGUUUUGAAUGGUGGUAAAGAAGGGAAAGUUCAGAGUGUUUUGUUUACGACGCUCACGUAGUGCUCUAUAAAGGUUGCAGAUUGUAUUGUCCGGUAGCAAAGACAAAGCUUAAUUAGUUGACUAUUACAUUUCUGGCUAAUUAAGUUGAAAUACCAAUUUAAAGGACGAACUUGGCAAAGCUCACAUUUGACGUAGCUAAUAAGCGAGGUGAAACUUGCGCAAGUUUAUUCAUUUCUGUCCCAUAAGAAUUAGGCAGAUGAAUAUAGAAAACUUCCUGUAGAAAAACAGUACCGGUUUCAUUAUUGGUAGUUGUUUCCGUACUGAUAAUAUUCCAAACAAAUAGCAGUACUGGCCGUUACAGUGAGAGUUAUAUUUUUCUAACUAUAAUUCAAAUAAUAACCUUAUACAAAAAAAAAUUUUUAAUGUUAUGAGACAAUUUUUUUGGAGAAGACAUUUGCCGUUCAUCCUAAUAGGAAGAUAAUUACCAUAUAGUUGAUAGAGUUAUUAAAUGUGUUUGAUUUAACAAAUUAUGUAACUAUUAAAUUGUUCAGUACAUAUUGCAUUAAAUUUGUUUGCAUGUUAAAUGUAAGGCAGAAGUUAUUGGGUAUAUGCUUUGAAAAAUGGGUUUCGAACUUACGAAGCAAUACAUUUUUACUCUAUGCAAGUGUCUAUAUUUCAAUACGUCAGAAAAAAGGCUAAAAGCCACUAUAGGCUACUUUGUUUAAUGGCAAACCAAUUAUAAUUGUUGAUUCUGUUUUAUAAAAUAAUCUGCUGUUGCACAUGCUGGAUGGAAGCUUGGAAAGGGUCGAGGCUAAUUAGGGAAAGUGCUCACUUAUUUAGAUUUUAGAUCUUCAAUGAUGCGUUAUUGAAACAUGUUUAUUCCUCCAAAUUUGUUUGGCCAAUACGUUUCUUCUGUUGAAGUUACGCUCAAUUGUGAGUUACAAAGAGUUACAUUAUGCUUAUAUUCGCCUGAAAAUUACUUCGUUUCUCUCGUGGCUGCUUAUAUUUGGUUUAAAACAGAACAAGGCCACCUUUGACUGAUCGUUAUUUAAUGAUCUAUCAACGUAUCAUAUCAGAGUAUCGCUAUAUGGCAGGAUGUAGAAAAUAAAAGUUUUGAAUUGUACGCUACUUUAGCAUUGUGUAUUUGCACAUUACAGAGCGAAAAUUAGUAACAACAGUUUAAUCGAGUUUCAAACUGGUGCUCCCUAGGUAUAGGGCAUGAUUCCUAUGUGUCACUUUAUAUGAAGUUUGUUUCACUUAUUCGUUCUAUUACAACGCGUAUUCUGCGACCAUAGCGCACACACUUAGUAAUCAGAAAGACGUAACGUAUAAAUUUCUCGGACUUGAUAGGUUUAGCAUCGCAGUUAGCGCUUGUGCUCCUAGCCGUUUUCGAUAAGCCACACGUGUCAACAGUCACAAUUUUUUUUCGACAAAUUGUUAAGAUAGUGUGCACUAUAUGUAAAAACUAAGGAACGAUGCGGGCCAUUGUUGCUACAUCAGUCGAAGGCAACAAGUUCUUAAAGUCGUACCGUCUUAUGCUUUCUGGCUACGUCAUUCUCUAGCCAACUACUGAGUUCAAUUAUUUUCAAAUGAUAUACGUAUGUUUAGCAUUGAACUUUUUUGUCUGACAACACCAUGUCGAUCUACAUUAAGCUGGGUCUAAAAUGACAGAUUAACAUUAGUGAACAUCUGUCUGCCUGUAUUCUGAAAUCAGCAGGGCACACAAAUCAUAUUUUUCUCACUCUCACACUCGCUUCCUACAUAGCUAUUGUCACGUCUUCUAUUAGUCAAACGUAAUUGGGCAAAAGAACUGGGCUAGUUUGAAGCACAAGACCCAGUGAACCCAUAUCGAAGCUUUAGAUGCCUAACUCUACCUAUCUCGUCAUUGUUAUAGCCAGAACAAUAGUGUAAAUAUUAAAAUUCGAUCUUGCACAGCAGCAGUUUACAUGAAAAGUCUACUACAUACCCAUUUAAUUGCCUGACAUUCCUAUAACAUUAUGUUAUUAAUGUUUUAUUCAAGGGUCCGUAGUGUGUUUCGUAUUACUGUGACAUGGCACCAAAUGACGUUGGUUUGUUCCUAUGCGAAGAUUUCACCUUACAUCAACAAUGUAAAACACUUCACUAAUCUCUCUGUUCGUGAUUGGCGAUGCAGUAGAAUGAAAUAACUGAGAUUACCUAGAUUGAGCCCCGUUCCCCAGGCCCACCGGGUGUACUAAAUUGUAUCACAUUAUGUGUUAUAACAUUGAGCAAAUAUGUGCUAUUUUUACAAAACAGAAACUGUGUGUAGAUCAGUGAGCUGCUUGUUAGAAACUCAACAUAAAACAGAAACGAGACAUGUCCCGAUUACGCACUGAAAAGUUCUAAAAGCGGUGAUAGUAUAGUUGCGUUAUUACAUGUCUCACGCAGUCCCUUGAACUCAUUUUUCACGUGCGCAAUCGAGCAGACAGUAAAACGCCUCGUCAAUUACAAGGAUUAGAAUCCACUGAAAAUGAUUUGAGAAACGACCUAAAUAAACUAAGUUGUUCCCAGGGGGGCGACCCGCCUGCCCCAUAGCUGCAUCCAUCCAAUGCGUUUAUCCGUUGAGCACAAUGGCGCUUUGCAGUGGGCUGAUAAUGCUGGCAGUCGCCUUGAUCGAUCGACUGUUACUGUCGUCUUCUCUAUUGUUAUUAUGGACGAGCGAGUGAAUCUGUAAGGUUGAUCGUCUGCGUGAGCACAGCAUCCGUGCAUUUGGCUAGGAGUCAGGUUGUUGUGUUAUUCGCUGAAGCUGACUGCUUUUCGUUAGUGUUGUGUCAGUGCUAAAGGCUCUGUGUGCUCCGCUAUCAUAGUCGCCGCCGCCGCCGCCGCGUCUUCUGCAGUUUGUGAUGCUGCUGUUCAUAGCAGGCAAAGCAGUGGUCUGUAGAAGAAGGGUGUCGUUGGGGCAGCUGCGGCUGAUCGCUAUUAUGGCGAUGGAGCUGCCGCUACGUAUGGCUGUUUUGGCAGAGGCAGGCUGCCCGUCUGGCUGGUGGUGAUAUGGAUGUUACGAUAGUGGCUAUUAUUGCGGGCAGUGAUGAUUGGGUAAAGAUGCUCAGUGCUUCCAUUUCUUCAACCAAUGUACUGUUAGUGUUAAGUGUAAAAUGGUGUAAAAGUGAUUGAGUUUUUUCGCUACGCAACGUACCAAUUAGUCAGUCGUUUAUUCUUCAACGAAACGAAUCCAGCAGCACUUGGCUCUCGCGCUCUGGGUGAAAUGAAGUUUUGAGUAGCCUCGUUCCUCUGUGUGUGUGUGUGUGUAUGUGUGUCUAUGUGUGUGCAUGUGCACGUAUCGGGAUAGCAUCCGUUAGGAGCUAUAUUUUACUCAACACUGCACUGCGAGUAACGUCGUACCUGACCUGACUAUCCAGCACAUAUGUAUCGCACACACAGAAGACGUAUUCCACUCAUCGUCGGUCAACAGAGGUAGUAUUAGCAGCAUCGAUAAUUCGGCACUGUCGCAUGAUUGCCUUUAGUUGUACUUUUACGCUACUUCUAUGAUGAGGUGCGCCUAUGUGUACAACUUUGUCGUUCGACGGGAACAAACUAUGAUAGUGUGUGGACAUUUACUAUUUUAGUUAACGAUAAUAACAAUAGCUGGGAAGCAAGUUCCAAUCCAUUCCGUCAGUUCUGCUUGUUAGUGCUGACACCGGGAGAGUUCAUCUGUGCAAGCAGCAAUCAACCUUACAGCGGGUAACGGCGCCGCGAGCUCAAGAGAGGUGACGCCCCCCAGAAGGGCGCACAAGCGGGGAAACAUAGCUGAAUGGACUGCGUCCGGCAUGAGCUGACGAAAAUAACAGAACUACAGGAACACAACAGUGACCAGGAAUACAAGCUCUAAUCUAGGCGAAAAGAAAGAAGCGGCAAAUCUGUAAACGUACUACUAUCAAGCAGGGGAGUUUGAUAAGGAUUUGAUAUAUUGAUGAACAAAUGAAUGAAGAACCUUUAUUUGCCAUCGCGUGCUGCUGUCUCCAGCAGUCGACUGAUUAUUGCGGCUGCUGCUGCUGCUGCUCUUCCUGUCGCAGUCGACGAUAAUAUUAGUAUACGUAUUAAUACCGAUUAUUGUCGUAUACGGAAAAAGCGAGGGGCGACGUUCACAGUUGCCGCAACAGCAUUUGAUACCUCCCCCGCAUCGAAAACGAGGAUUAUUCCACGGCCGUCCCAGUGCGCGGGGGCGUGCCCUCUCUUCUAUAGAAGCAACAGCAACAACGACAACAACAACAACAACAACAACUACUACUACUACUACUACUACGACUACUGCUGCUGCUGCUGCCAAACCAGUGGAAAAGACCUUCUUCAGUCGUCGCUCUGGAUGGACACCCUGGCGAGGAAAAGACUGGCACCGUUCGGGAGCAGGGCGGGGCGGGGGGGCGCAUCCAAGAGGGCCGUUAGGAAGCCAAAGGGGGUUUGCACCAGAACACUUCUAAGAGCAAGGCCUUAAUUGGCCUUAAACGGACAGUUGGAGGGUUUGGACGAUGACGCCGGAAGACGGCUUGGCGGCAGCCGAGGGGGCGGCUGUUCAACCCAGAAACGGCUCCGGGAAAAGAAAUUCAGAACGACUGUGUAGGAUUCUAUAUGACUACGAGGGCGCCGUAGACGACGAGCUAACUCUUGUACGAGGGGGCAUCAUUGAAGUGCUCAGCGAUGAUCCCCGUGUAUCCGGCGAUGAGGGCUGGUGGACUGGCAAGGUCGAUGGCAAGGUUGGUAUCUUUCCGUUAAACUACGUAAAAUUUGAGUCUCCAUCAGCCAGCACCGAACAUAAGGCGGAUCCAUCGGGCGGUGGAGUCGAUGAUGGCGGCAGUAAAAGAGAAAAUGCUUGGACAAAAGAUGGCAGGGAGCGUGAUGGCGACUCCGCUGGGCGCAGCAGCAGCGAUGGCGAGAGCCUGGGACCACCAGAGAUCCAAGUAGACGAAGUCGUCAAAGGGAAGCCAAUAGGCCAAGGCGGAUUUUGCAAGGUAUACGAAGGCAAAUACCGAGACCAGAAAGUUGCAAUUAAGGCUCUGGAAAGCCAAGAGCCGGCCGCCAUGUUGGACGCUGCUAAAAAAGAAGGUGGACUUGUCUGGAACCUUAGACACGAGCAUAUUGUUAAGCUUUAUGGUAAGGAUAUACCAUACGAGCAUAUUGUUAAGCUUUAUGGUAAGGAUAUACCAUACGAAGACCAUAAGCAAGGUCUAUGCCUGCCAAAUUCCUGGUUAAUUAUGGAAUAUUGUGAAGGAGGAUCUCUUAACCGCGUAUUAGAGAAAAACCAAGUCCCUUUACGGAUACUAACAGAGUGGUCACUGCAUAUCGCCAAAGGGAUGCAAUACAUUCAUUCGAAGCGCGUUAUACAUCGGGAUCUUAAAUCAACAAAUGUUCUACUGACGGUUCCAUACCAGCCAGAUAGCCAGGAGGCAGUGCCGCUCAAAAUUUCAGAUUUUGGCUUGGCCCGCACUAAUGUGGAAAAAUCAACAGUACUUUCCGGUGGGGGCACAUACGCGUGGAUGGCACCUGAAAACAUUAAAUUCUAUAAGUACUCGCAGAGAUCCGACGUCUGGAGCUUUGGCGUACUUAUCUGGGAACUGCUUACUGGCCAAAUACCUUACAAGGGAGUGGAUCCUGUGGCUAUCGCCUACGGUAUUGGCUCCGAGAAGCUUACGUUGCCGAUACCGGAGACGUGCCCCGAAAAAUUUAAAAAUUUAAUGACAGACUGUUGGAACGCAGACCCACAUCGGCGACCGCUCUUCGACAAGAUUAUUUAUCAGUUAGAAGAUAUUUUCAACUCUUCUUCAUUAGAUGUCUUGCACGAGUCAUUUCACACGAUGCAGGACCGCUGGCGAGAGGAGAUCGCAAUGCGAAUUGAGCAAAUUAAACAACGCGAAAACAGUUUGAAAACACGCGAGGAAGAACUGAAUUUAAUGCAAGAGAAGUUGACUCGGGAUAUGCUAGCUGUCAAGAAACGCGAAUUAAUUGUAUUGGAACGCGAAAGCGAAAUUGCGCGAAAGGCUGGCCAACUAGCGUCGGAGACACCUCCCGCUCCUCGUAGACGUGGGAAAUUCAAGAAGCCCUUAGAAAUAUCAGGGCCGACCGACUGUGUACAUAUUAUGUCUUGGGAUAAUGAUAACGUCGUGGAACGUCUGGCUGAAUAUGGUUCGCCCAUAAGUGGCAUAGUUCCGGUAUCUCCCAAUCUCAACGCAAAUCGAACCCGCUCGCGAACUACGUCUGGCUCCGGAUCCGUGGCAAAGGAUUCGCAUUUGAGUCUUCAUUUAUCGCCAACGGGACCGCGCUGUCCGCUUGGUUCCCAAGGUGGAUUGGGAUCCCCGAAUCUUUUGCCGGCACCAUUUACGUAUGGUCACGGCAAUCACCGUGAACGUUCUCCCCGUGUUUCUCGAGCACCCAUGCCCGGUAAACACCAAUUGCGGGUGUUAUUACGACGAAUAUAUUUGAGUGCAUAUAUAUACUUCACAGGCGUUCUCCAUACGAGCAACUCGUGUGGCGGCUCGGUGUCAUCACUAGUGGUGAACGGUGGACACAAGGGUAAAACGUGGAGUCCGUCAACGAUUUCUCCAGCCAGUCUUCUUCAACUGCAACAACACGAUCCUCCGGUGUUUCAACGCGCAUUGCACCCAGGAGACCAAAUGAUGAUAGUGAAUCCAUCAGUUGUACCACUCCAGGAUCAGUUGGGUUGUCUCGCAGGCAGGUAUGCUAUUGACGCCGCACCUUCGUACUCUCGAAUUCACCACAAUAACAGAGAGAAGGAGUCAAAACCGCGGAAGAACUUUAUCUGUUCAGUAAAAGGCGCUGUAAGUACCGUGCUAUCAGCCAUAGGUUUGAAGGACCGCCAGAGCGUCACGCUCCAGAAUAGCAGCCACUCAAGAAGCUACGAUGAGCUUGGAAGCGGCGAACAUAUGUCUAGCGAACUACCUCGUGCGUACGAUGACACACAUCUUCGUGGUUAUACGCGACACAACACGUAUCACGGCCAGAUGACGCAACGAAAUUCUACGACUAGGCCAUCGAUUUUUGCUGGAGGUCAGUCGAGUCCGUGGAGUCCCCAUGCAACACAAUUUCAGACUACUGUUGGGCUUCCUCACAGCCCAUUAACGGCUAGGCGAAGAAGCUCGACCACAUCCCACGACUCGGAUCAGGCCUACAAUUCGGCCAGCUCGGGUUUCGGCCCAUCGCCUCUGGGCAACCCUGCGGCGUUAACGACAACGCCCCAAACGAGCGACUACCCAUUUACUCCGUCUUCAGCAGAGGUCGGACCCUCUUCCAUCGACACAAUCUGCUCACAGCAGCAACACACUCAGUUCACGCCUGUUUCACAGCAUUUGCCUCCACCGUCUACUUACUAUGGAGUAACGCAAGUUGUGCAUUCGCCGUUCGACGCUCGUCUGACUGGAACGUCUGUUCGGGGAAGCUCGACAGCGUCCGGUGGUCUGCCAAAUAUAGCAUCUCCCGCAUCUUCGCAGUGCUCUUCAGUUUUUGACAAUCCCGGUGCUGCCCCACGCUCGCCGCCGCCGCCACCGCCGCCGCCGCCGCCGCCGCGUACGCCGCAAUUGUAUGCUCGAAACAUGAGCACGCCUAACGCGAAUGCAUACAAAAUUCAAUGUUCGCCAUAUUCGCAACGGCGAAAAACAUCUUUUCCAGAAGUGCAGCAUUUACGUCAAUCCAAUCUCGACCGACCGUCUACGCUCAGCCUAAAUCUACCUAGCGGGGCGAGGAGUGGCAGCAGUUAUUUGACGCAUCACAAUACCUCAAGUUACAGUGCACAUCACGCUCCGCAGGCUACUGGUCAUCCACAUAGAUUGGGAAAUAGCGGGACUCCAACGCCGGACAGAACGCCACCAUCAGAAUUGAUGGAAAUCCAUCUUCCAUCAGCGGCAGGGUCGAGACAGCCUCUACAUUAUGGUAGUCAUCACUACGCUGACUCGUCGCCUUCGUCGCAGCUGACGAACAUGGCGGUUGUAUUGAGGGAAACGGAAAUUCCAUCGAGUCCAAGAGGCUGGUUUCAUGACCAAGAGUCAGUGCCGGCACCGAUUUCGCCCGCGCCAUCAACUCCACCAGGCGGCACCACACCCCAGAGGAGGCCUACAGUGCGCGAACUUGAGGAAGAUUUUAGCUUUAGCCUAUGACGUCCAUCCGCUGAUGAUGCUCGAAACGGACCCCCAUGGGCAGCAUGUUGAGCGAAUUCAUCCGGAUGAGUUUAUUCGUUGAUGCUGUAGUGGCGUCGAUUUGUAAUACUAUUUGACCUCAUGUAUGAAACGGAUGUCCUACCGGUGAAUAUUGUUUUAUUAGUAAAUGUAAACUGCCGUUCGCGGCGUGCGACAUCAGCCGAACACUAUUCGAUAUUAGCUUCUGAUACAAAUCUAAAUUGAUGCGUGCAGAUGCCUUUGCAAUUACAAAUUUCAUUCUAUAUUGUAAUAGAGCCACUGGGUAUGUAUUUAUUUAUUUAAUAGAUACUAAGCAUAUUUACGCUGGUCAGGCACAUGUAACUACUAUACAGAUAAAACUUUUUGAGCUCAGACAUUUUUCGCGGCUUGGCGUGCGUUGCUGACUGCUCGUGUUUCAUGAGGAUCUAUUUUUAUUUUGUUAUUAUUAUUUUUAUUUUAUAAUGGAGUCCUCCUGUCCUUCGUUGCCAAAUAUCGCCAAGUCAUAUAACAACACUGCAAGCAAUGCUCAUAGUGAACUAAGGUGCAGGGUUUAUAACUACAAAUCGUUUAUAAGGGCUAAGCGUAUUACUUUAGUCAGACCUGUUCACCUAUUUGAGUACUUAAUGACGGCUGGACCAGGGCCAGUUUUCAAAUAAUGAAUAUCAAGGUACCUUUUUUUUUUGUCACGGGUAUUUGAGCAGUCAGCUGGUCAGAUAAGUGCAAACCGCAAAUUCUGAAUAGAUUUCUGCUAGUCACUAUCGUGUCACUGUAAAACUAAAUAUUGCCAAGUGCUUUCGAGAAUUUGCAAUAGAAAGUUUAAUAGUUCAGCGGUGAUACGUUUUAAACUUCAAAAUAGUUAUCAUUUACUGCGUGUUUCCUUUUGUAGAGACGCUCACUACAAAUAGCGAUGAUGUACCGAACGGAUAUAAAUCUUAGGUGGAGCUGCCAUUCCCCCUGCUGGCGCAAGGUUUCGCUUAAGCAGAGCUUCCAUUAGUAUUAUUAAUUACUGGCUGCCUCGCAAUUGCCGUAAACCUAAGAAACAAGAACUUGGGAUAAUUAUAUCGCCGACGAACUGUUAUUGAACAGGGAAGACAAAUUCAAAUAAACAAAUUAUAAACACCGAUAUCAUUGUAUACCACCCAGUACCCACUGAAAUACCACAGUCGUUUUUAUUGUGCAUCAGUGUUCUGAGGAACUGCGCAAGCUGAAGUAAUAAAUUGUUCAGGAAGUUAACCGAAACGGGGUUAACGUAAUGGGGCUAAUAAUAGCCAUAAAAGAGACGCGGGCGGACGAAUAGUGCUAGUGUGCUUAACUGGCUAACUGACGCGUACGUCUGUAGUCUACAGCGGUAAAGUCAUCGUUUUCUACUCAGGCUACAAGAUACAAUAUGACGCAAAUUGGGUUGAUGAAAUUGGUCAAUGCAGAUUAAAAUAAGGGGGUGGCCUCACUCGUCAGCGUAUUACAGAUGUCAUGCCAUGCCAUUUAGCUAAUAUGUAUGUACAUCUGUACACGUAUCUGUAAAUAUGCACACGCUUGUAAGCACGAGUCGAGCCAUGCGGCGAUUAGAAUUUUAUAGGCUAGUAGUUGUUAUAAUUGAGUGGCACGAGUAUUGAUAUUUAUCUAUUUUCGGAGGCAGUUGUGACGAUGUUUAGGACUGACAAAGCAGGAAAAGCAAGGGAAAGGUUGAAGAAAGAGAGAAUGAUAGGGUAUACGCAGCAAGUGGCUGCGGAGUGUUGAUCCGACUAGACCGAGCAAAUAGUAUGUGGGAAAUGCUAUUGGCUGAAUAGCCACUGUGUGUGUGUGAUGCUAUACAUUGAGUCUGCCAUUAGCGAUACGCAAGGGACUCAGUUGAGACCUACGUCAGCUUGGUGACUCUGUCGAUGAGUAAAGGGUGUGUGCUGAUUCGACUUGUGUGGGUCCAGUUUCGCAAUCAACGUACGCGAUAUCCAUUCCCGGCGCACAAUGGAAAACGAAUAAAGAAGUGAGGUGCCUCGUUGCCGCUUAAGUGCACAGGCUUCUAGAGUGGCUGCGCGUAAUACUGAGCCGGCAUAUGAGAGACGUUAUUCAUCAAAAAGUAUAUAGUAAUAGCCGUUGUUGAUUUAUUCCUUCUUGUCGUCAAACAACGGUGAUUCAGUGUGGCAAUUUCCAUUUUUUUUUUUUCGUAAUCACAUUAUUGUUGAUACUGAUAAUUGGUCUCGAAGUAAUCGGUUAGUCGGUUGCGUAAUUAUUUAUAGUGAUAAUUUUGAUCUUCGUAUAAAGGUGGGUUCAUUAAAAAAACAAAAAAGAAACGUUUCUAAUUCUACACAGGUGAAGGCCAACUCUUGCUACUCUGCAUGUGAUUAUUUAAGAGGUGGUAAGAGGACGAAAACAGGUCGCUGUUAGUGAUGUUAUUGGCGACAAUUAUCAUUGAUAGACUCUUCAUAACCGUAAGACUUAAAAAGUUUUCACCUAACCGUUCUCAUCAAAGCAACUCGUAGUUUUGCAUUCAUAUUAAUAGCCAAUAUUUGUUACCUGUGUUUGUAUUUUCGUCUCCCAUUGAUACCACGUACUUAUCCAGGGAACACUCCUAAGUGUUCGUCCCCAAUCGGAUUUAGUUAAAGCGAUUCCAUUUAACUGUGGUAGUAAAUCUUCUCGCCGCAAUAAUAGCAGGCCGAUCCAAGCUUGUGUUUAUAAUGGUAUGGCGCGUUUCGAGAUGGCGAAAUGUCAAAGACAACGGCGAUUCAACUUAGCCGAGCUCCGAUCCACCAUCGGUUGGAACUUUUGAUAUAGGCAAAUUUUCUUUUUACAUUAUUAUGGAUAGCUGUCAAGUGAAAAAUGGACAUAAUAAUAUGAAAAGGGUAAGGCUAUUUAAGGCUGUGUUAAGCAAUUUAGUUAACUGGAAAACGUCACAAACGGAAGUUGUUUUUGUUUCGACGCAGCGCAUUAAGCAGGUCUGGUCAGGUACUGCUAGCCGUAAUAGAUAGUUUUGCUUGUGAUAGGCUUUCAACAGUGAGACAACUGACAGAACGCAGGGGGACGUUAUGUUAAUCAAGUAUAAGGCGUAUCAACACAAGAAAUACCUAGGAGGAAAAAAGGAUCGUAAACAAAUAAAGAAGUAAACUAUUUCUACCACGAAUAUACUACAAGUUCUUGAAAAUUAAACCUUGUUCCCAUAAUAGUGUGUUUUCUUUAAACCUCACGUUAACAAUAUACGUACAGCCAAGUUUAGCAGAGAAUAUUUUAUUUCAACUAAAAAAAAAAAAAUAAAAAAUACAACACUUUAU